AUGAUUUCAACAAUCGGCACAACAACAAUUCAAACAACAGCACCAAACUCGUUAGUUAUGAAUCCUACGUCAAUGUUGGUAGAGAUGAAAAACUUCAUUCCUUCUUCAUAUACUUUCGAAACAAAAAUCCAGAAGAUAAAGCAAGAACUGUUAACAAGUAAUUUAGACUGUAGUGCGAAAGAUGAAACAAAUGAACAGUAUCUUUAUGAAAUGCAGGACAUUAUUGACCAUUUGCCUAAACUACCUGAAAUCCAACAACAAAAACUCACUAUUCCCGAAUUUGACGAAAUUGAAGUGAAACCAACUGACUCAGUAGAAAUAAAGAAGUUCAUACGAAAGGUAAAUUAUGAAUUCCUUGGUUUUCAUUGCAACCAUAAGGUUAUGGACAAAGAUUGCGAUAUGGUAUAUAAGAAUGUUUCUGACAUAUAUAAAUCUGAAGAAUUUAAGACCUACGACAACUUUGUUUCGUUAGUUGCAGAAUGUGUAUGGCAGAUAAGAGAUAAAGAUAGAAGAGGUAAGGU